GCAACUUACGCAAAUAAAAGUGUAAGCUAUCAUGCUUACGCCAAUACAGUAUAGAGACCGAAUCCUUUACACUGAAGCGACACAUGUAUCGAUGGGAUCUUUGCAGUCUCUGGUGCUCUACCUCGUCACUUCCCUGCUCUUCUUGACGCCUACGAACCCUAUUGAGCCUGCCCCUCAAGCUGCAGACGCCGAUACAGUCGUGAACGCCGACACUUCCAAGAGUAUCCGACUGGAUGCCAAUCUGCUCAUUCCUGACGGUGGAGAGCUGCUACUAAACAUCCAAGUGCCUCAUGAGCCAAUUCAGAUCCAUCCCAAGGGUCCUGCAAAGGUCUCGCGAGUGUAUUCCGACCACGUUGAUGGAAAACUUGGAGUCGGGGAAGUUAUCAACAUUUUCGUGAAAUUUACGAGUCCCGUGAAACUUUCGGGAGCCGGGACCCCUUACAUAGUACUCAAGACGGGGUGUCAUGCUACUUCGUGCCAUGUUAAAGAGAUUCAGCGGCUGAGGUGUAUGGCGACCAAGGGAAAAUUUGCAGUAGGGUUUGGAAGCCAAAAAGUGGGGAACAUACCCUGGGAUGCCUCAGCUAAGCUCUUUGCUGCAUAUUUGAGGAGAAUGAACCGCAUCAACAAAGUGAACGUCAAGUACAGUAUCGACGAAGAUCGUGCGUGUACGUUCUUCGGGAACAAUAUCACAAUUACUUUUGAUUCAAUGAAUAUUGGAGGAACGGAUGGAGAUUUGGUAGAAUUGACAGGAGAUACCACUAACGCCGUGGGAGAUGGAGUCGUGUUAGGGCAUGUCAUGUAUACACCCUUAGUGACGUCUACAGCGUGGGAAAUACGGAAAGGUGUGCUCGUUCCGGAUCGCAAAGCAUUUUUUGUAGCCCAAACAGCCCCCGAUACGCUAAAAUUUGGGUACACGGUGCAGAAAGGAGAUAACUCAACGAGACUGGAAUAUGUUAACAGCGACUCGCUUGCGUUGUCGCUUCGAUCGAUUGGUGGUGUGAGAAUAGUAAAUGACGAUGAUACGAAUACAAUUGCUAACUGUAUUUUACCACCUCCGGGUUUUGAAGGAGAUUGGGAACGAGGAAUUGGUACAAGCUUGUCGAAAAGUAAUGCGCUGGAGAUCGACGUGACGCCUCCCUAUGUGACAACAGUGACUUCUCCUCAUGAAGAUGGUACUUUUGGUAUUGGUGAAGUGAUUCUAGUGCAUGUACAUUUCUCACAGCCGAUCGUGGUGACUGGUUUACCUACUGUUGUAUUGGAGACUGGGGCAGUGGAUCGUAUAAUUCCGUUUAACCAAGAGGUAGCAGGGAAUAUUGCAGAGUUUAAAUACAUUGUUCAAGCAAUGGAUACAUCACCCGACCUUACAUAUACGGGCACAACAGCGUUGCAGCUUAAUGGGGGAUCAAUCAAAAGGAAGUCUACUACACCUACUACAAUCGCAGUACUGAAGCUCCCUUUUAAUGGAGAAUCUGGGAGCCUUUCCGUCAGUAAGAAUAUGGUCAUCGAUACUACCAAACCAAAGAUUGUGAGCGUCACAACUACAGCAAAAGAUGGAAUAUACACGGCCGGAGAUGAUAUUCCAGUGAUCAUCACUUUCGAUACACCCGUAGUUGUUAGUGGAACCCCACAAUUAGUAUUGAGCACAGGCUCAGUUGAUUUGUUUCCGGGUCAGUUUGUUCUGGAAGCUCCGACGUUUACGUCUAACGAGACCGUCGUGUUUCCAUCAUACUAUCUUGGACUCUCCACACAAUCGAGUAAGGGACUCCAAUUCAAAAUUGACGGUCAGAUUUUAACCGUCGAUUCGGUUAAUAGAGAUGAAGUAACCAUGAUUGAAAAAUACGCGGGUACCAAGGUCGAACCUGUGACUCUGUCUAAUAGAGCCAAUGUGCCAAUUUACAGCCCUGGCUAUCGACCAGCCAAAUACUCAAGUGGCAGUGGAACGAAGAUGCUGACGUUCGUGUACAACGUUCAAAUCGGAGACGUAUCGAAUCGCCUAGCUUACCUUUCCACUUCGGCUCUGCAACUAGGAUCUGGAUCCAUCAAACGACUAUCCACAACGCCGUUUACGAACGCUGAUCUCACUCUAGCCACACCUGGAACCAGUGGAAGUCUCAGUGCCGGUGCAGCUCUUGGCAUUAACACUGACGCUCCUAGAGUUACUCAAGUCAAGGCAGUCACGCGCGAUGGAGUGUACAAAGCCGGCGAUGAAAUUUAUUUCGAAGUGGUUUUUAACUUACCGGUCGUGGUUUCUCCCACAGCUUCGCUAGUGACAAAUAUCGUCUCUGCAGGGGUCGAAAGACUGGCGAUUUAUUCGGAUGGAAGCGGCACGACGUCGCUGAAAUUUAAGUUUGAUUGUCUUGAAGACGACCAGGUGACAGUGUUAGAUGUUAAAAACGUGAACUCUUUACGAGCAUCGUAUGGUUCAAUACUGGGCUGGAUUCGACGGAAAUCUGCGGCUCCAAUGUUACCUGCAUUAUUGGAUUUACCUGUAUCAGGACUAUCAUCAAAGGGUAUUUCGAUUAACCAAGGCUGUGAAACGGUGACGGAUGUUUUUACUUCCCAUGAAGAAGGAACGUACGGAGUUGGCGAAUCAAUUGAUCUUUUAGUGAAAUAUUUCGCCAGCGUGAGUGUCGAUACCACAGGAGGCAUACCUACACUGGUUACUUCCACUGGAAACUCUGCAGUGUAUCAAUCUGGAACAGGAACGCAGACUCUCGUAUUCAACUAUGUAGUCCAACAAUCGGAUAUAUCGGGACGACUUGUAUAUCCAGAUAGAUAUUCCUUGAAAACCAACGGUGCGGUUAUCAAAGGAGUGACCAGUUCUGCACUCUCGUCAACACUUUUACCAUCCCCAGAGCUUAGUCAGCUAAAGACUAAGGACAAUUUAUUUAUCCAGACUUCGCCUCCAGUUGUUGUGGAAGUAUCGACACGAACUCAAGACCGAGUGAUCACUGUUGGAGACACAAUUGUAGUGCUUGUGAGCUUCAACUACCCGAUCUAUGUUCCUCCGCUAUCAGUAAAAGCCGGAGCUCCAACGUUGUUAUUGAAUGUCGGAACGGGUAGUGGAAUCGCAUCUUCUUACGUUGCAGCGGAGGAAAACGCAGCUUACUUUUCGUUCACAGUAGCAGCCGAUCAAUCCACCAGCAAACUCUCGUAUUUCGGCAGAUCCGCACUUAAAUGUACUGGUGGCAACGGAUUAAACAAAGACCCAAGACAGAGCGCUGGACCACCGAGUGCUGUUUUAUUCGGAGAUGUUUUCUUUACAAGCUGGGCUGAAAUGUCCUCGACUACUAACACUCGACAGAUUCGCGUGAAAUCCUUCGACUUGCAGCAAUUUCCACCUCUUUUGAGCUUUGAAGAUGGCGGUGAAGUGUUGUCUAUCGUGAAUCUUGACUCGACUAUGGAUGCAACUUCCCCCGAAUUGGUGACAUUCUCGUCAAAACUUUAUCUAGUAUGGGUGGAAGCUAGCACAGCGCCGAAUAAUCCGACCCAGAUCCGCGUGGCAGUACUCGCCAGUCGCUCACCUGUCCAAUGGGCGUUUGUAGACGCCAAACCUGCUACAAACUUUGGAAUUAACAAAGUACCUACAGCUAAUGCCGCAGAACCUCAUGCUGUGGUCCAUGAUUCAAAAUUGUACAUAGCGUGGAACGAAAAUCCAUCAGGUGUUGCUCAGAUUCGAGUCGCCGUCUUUAAUGGACAUGAUUCGACACCAGGGUGGACGUAUAGUGAUGGAAACCAGAAUGCUCGUGGGUUAAAUUACGCUGCCCUUCAACCGGCCCAAAGCGUGCGUUUGUGCUCGUGUGGCUCCAAGGGAAGUAUGACAAAUAAUCUGUAUGCUGCAUGGUCCGAAAUAUCAACUUUAUCGGGUACUGCGCAAAUUCGAGUUGCGGUUCAAACUGGAACUGAUUCUCUGCCUAACUGGAGGUUUAUCGAUGGAAAUACAGCGACUGGACUCAAUAUUGGCACGCAAAAGAUAGCGAUAUCCCCGUCGAUCCAGUGUAUUGGAGGCUCUAGUGUUGCAGUUGGUUGGCAAGAAACCACGGGGGCUACCGGAUCAGUGAUUUUUAUCAAGAAAUUUAACGGUGAUUUCACGACGCCGCAGUGGAUACGUCUGGGUGGUGAUAAAGGCUUGAAUUUUGAUGCGACUCAACCGGCUCAAAACCUUAAGCUGUCAGUACAAUUGCUAGGAACGACUGAGACUUUAUUCGCGACUUGGGACGAAGCGGAUAGCACGGGUACAGCAACGCAGAUUCGAGUAGCUCAGCUUCUGACUGGCGCGAAUUCCUGGAAAUUUUUGGAUGGAGGAGCGAAAAUUUCAGUUAUAAACGAUGACGUCUCGCACUCUGCUUCGCGUCCCGUCCUGGUUUGUAAAAAGUCUCGAGAUACCACCAUUGCAGCUUGGUUAGAGACGCAUUCAAACGGUAAAAAUCAUAUAAGAUGUAGUGUAUUGGACGCUUCGGUGAACGAAUGGCAGCCUUUAAGCCAGGGUUGUAUUCUACGCAAGGCCACGUCUUCAGUGACUUCUGCCAACCUGCUUCUCCCAGAGUUGAAUUCUCCAGGAUCUCUGGAUUUUGGUCACUCGAUUCGAGUUGAAACAUCAAAACCAAAAGUUCAAAGCGUGUCUUUAGCUGGAGAUAUUUACUCGUCCAUCACGUCGGUUAGUACUAUCCAGACCGUUGAUAUUUUUAACGUUGCAAGUAUUAAACAAGGAGACUACGAACUUGUCUACGGGGACACGAAAACCUCCUGUAUAAGCUGGAACGCACCAGCAACAGGCACCGGAUCGAUUCAGUCUGCCUUGGAAUCAAUGACAGGACUGGCAAUUAAAGUCUCUGUCACCCAAGACACCACUUCUUUUCACGACGGAUAUCGGUACACAAUUACAUUUGUUUUUCCUACCAUGGGUAUUUUGCCGCUUCAAGUGAAAAAAAAUCCCGAUGCAAAGUGUAAGAAGUUCACGUGCGAUCCCACUUUGACUCGCUUUCCCUGCAAUCUUGACCUUGUCCAACCGAACCAAAACUCGGAUAUUCGGGCUACAGCCGGUGUGGUAGAUGCUGUGGUGCGAUUCUCCUUUCCCGUGGUGAUACCAAUUGGCAUUCCGAAGUUAAGUAUUGAUACAGGAGUAACAGUCCGCGACGCAAUCUACAUGACUCGAAGCGCAUUGCAGGAGUUUGAUGUUGGAAUUAAUAUGGCAAGCUCUGUACUAGGCGGAGGAUUUCGCUUGUCUUAUGGUGAUUUCAGCUCUGGCGUGGGUGUGGCGCCGAUCUACACGACGGACUGUAUUCAACUCUUGAUAAAUGAUGACGAUGGCGUGCAAGAAAUGCAGUCCAAGUUGGAAGAGAUAGCGUUGAUUAAAACCAUUGGAAUCCGAUCAGUAUCUCGACGUAAAUAUCGCAAUGGUUAUCGCUUCACAAUCGAAAAUCGCAAUAGUGGUGAUAUGUUAGAUUUAGUCCCAGCAGAUUCAUCAACUUGUCCUGCCAUCGCUGCAAGUACUCAAACUAUUGAUAUCAAAGCAGAUACCGAAAUUUUAUCCGGAGAGAUAAAAAUUCAGCUCGGAGAUACUAAGAGUGGUUGUAUACCUUGGAACGUCCGUGCAAAGGGCCCAUCAAACUCGAUGGAGGCAAUUAUGAAGUAUCUGGAAGGUGAUCGGAUUAUUCCCGUGCAAGUUGUGAAAGAUCCGUCCGUGUAUGUGCAUGGAAUAAAAUACUACGUCAGAUUCUCCAAUCUGGUGGACGCUAAUAGCCCACUUUUAGCGUUUAUGGAUGCUACAUGUGCAACAUUUACGUGUAAACUGGCGGGUGGAGCUACUGGUGCAUGUACCAGUCUCUCUGUGACGUCAAACGCGGAUUUUAAAGUUACUCGUGCGGAAUCUGGAGCUAUUUCGUUCCGCUAUCUUGUUCAACCUAGCGACGAAGCUAUAUCUCUUAUGUACAAAAGUACGACCUCAUUGACUGGAACAAUCCUCCGAUCAUCAAAGAAUCCAAUCCUUGCUGCUUCGUUGACUCUACCGCCUCCAACUGCACUUGUGGCACAGGAUGGAGUGACCUCAAUGGCAGUUGUGAGGUCGGAUACAAUCCCCGUAGUCACUCGCGUAUAUUCGACUACUGUUGAUGAUACGUACACAGCUGGAGACGUCAUAAUUGUGAUUGCUGAGUUCUCGGAGAAGGUUAUAGUGGAGGGUAAACCAGUUCUUGAAUUAGACUCGAAAGGAGAAGCGUUCUACACAUCAGGCAGUGGGACGAAUGUGCUGAAAUUCUACUACGAAGUCAAGCCAGGAGAAGCCACAGCAGACUUAAACUACGCGUCGGUAGCCGCUCUUCGAACGUUUACGGUACCAAAUUCAAAGAUAAUAUGUGCUUUGUGCUCGGGUUCAGGUAUCGAUGCCGACACGACACUUCCAGCAUUGCAUAGUGCAGCAAGUCUUGCGGGAAAUAAUGCGUUGGUAAUCGAUACGACGGUACCAAUUGUUACAUUAAUUACUUCUAGUCGUCCAGAUACAGCUGCAGGGGGCGUUGGAUACGGUCCAGGCGAUAUCGUGGAUAUUAUGGUGACGUUCUCGACCGAUGUAGCUGUAACCGGAACGCCAUCUCUAACGCUAAAUUCUGGCGGGACAGCAAAAUUCACCUAUGCUGGGUAUCGUCAGCUGCUCGACAUUGGCGUCAACGCUGUCGUUCCUGUAACAUCGGGACAGUUUGCGGUCAUUUUCGACGGAAAAGUAUCGGGAUGUAUCGAUUUUGAUGAUGCAAGUAGCGUCGCUGCAACGUCACUAAAGACGCGUCUUCUUGAAUUCAAAGCCAUUGCUCGGAUUGGAAUAUUGUCCGUGACUAUGACCAAGAAGAAGAACGGGAAUCGAUUCGAAAUUCUCUUUGACUCCACGAAGGUUGUAGACGUUCCUCUCGCUAUUGAACUAACAGUUUCGGACAUGUGUGAUCCUCUUCAGCCAUCAUCUGCAGCACAGGAAACUCUGGUCUCUAGAGUCACAGACAACCAGAUUGUGUUUCACUAUACAGUUGGAGUUGGGGACACUACUGCAGUCCUCGGUGUGACUAGCACCAGUAUUUCACUCAAUUCUGGUACAGAUUCUAUCCUACGCCAAUCCGGAUCUCCUGUUAUUGUAGCAAAUGUUGCAUUACCAAUCUCGACUUCUCCGCAAAGUUUGGCUCAGACUAAAAAUCUCAAAAUUGACGGAAUUCCAGCACAAAUUUCCGAUGUCAUUUCGGAUUCAGCAGCAGGCACGUAUGGCGUUGGCUUUCCUGCUUUAGCAAGUCCAUUGACUGUGGCUCCAGGUGAGAUUCUACUUCAUCUAGUAUUUACUCGUCCGGUUGUGGUAAUUGGGACCCCCGCUGUGGAGUUAGCGACGGGUUCUUUACGUCCAAGUGGAGAAUUUAUCCCAAAUCGACUCGCGAAAUUUAUCAACCAACCGCAGCCAAACCAUGUGGCUUUCCUCUAUCAUAUUGAACCCGACGACUACAGUACAAACCUCGCAUUCCCAAAUGUCAGUGUACUAAAUGGAGCCAAUAUUUAUUGUGCAUCGUCAACAAUGUCUGUUCGGGCGUCACUGGUUCUCCCAAAAUUGACAAUAAGCAACGGCAUCAUCAAAAUUGACGCGUUUUCCGUCCCUGCGACAGUGAAACUCGCUUCUUCGCAUGAAGACGGAGAGUACGGCGCUGGAGAAUUAAUUGAAAUUCAAGUGAGUUUCUCGAAACAAAUUGUACUGCUAUCAGGUCUUAAUCGGAACCAAGACUGGCACGCGCGAUAUCCCGUAGCGCUGGAAUUCAAGAGAAAUAUCUACAUCAUGUGGACGGAGCGCGAUGAUAUGCAAGCUCCUAGUAAGAGUUUCCUGUAUCUGCGAGUGUUUUCCAGUGAUACAUUGGAUGUUGUAGCCACCACGUCAGUCUCUGCUGUUAACCGAGUGCCUAAUACGUUUAUUGAGAAAGUGGCGAUGACUGUGUGGAAACAGAAUCUUUAUGCAGCUUGGGAUGAAGGAGGUCUGCUCUAUUGUGCCCUAUUUGAGGGAAUUCCCUCGAUUAAUCCAUGGACUUUGAUUCCGAACAUGGGGAUCAAUAAGAACAUGGCAAUGGCUGCUAGUGACCCUGCACUACUCGUUUACAAUCUGGAACUUGUCGUUGUAUGGAGAGAAAAGGCGCUUCCUGUUGGUAGUAGCGCUUUGGUUGGGCAGAUUCGAGUGGCUGUUCUUAACUACGAUAUUGACGCUCCUCUGUGGAUUUUUCACGAUGGUAACCAAUUGGACUCUGGCCUUAACAAGAACAAACUUAUGGAUGCAGAUGACCCCGCUACUGUGGUUUAUCGCGGGAGAAUGUAUGUUUCGUGGACUGAAAUGAAUAAAGAUGGAGCGUACGAGAUUGUGAUUGCAAGACGGAACAUCCAAACUCGGGAUUUUUCGACCUGGACGUAUCUGGAUGCGCUUCCUUCUUCGUAUCCCGCAUAUAGUUUUCUAUCCGCUUAUAAACCACAGUUUACUGUACGACGGAAAGGGAUUGAGGACAUGGCGUUGCUGAUCUCGUGGUAUCGAGAUACUGUGACAAGUAACGUGUCGGAAGUAAUUACUGGUCAAGUCCUCGAUUUGGACUGGGAAGCUUCUGUUACUGGCAGUAUCCCACAAACAAUCAACGCUGCGGAGGGUAAUACGACAGUCGACAAGGUGAAUCCGAACUCGAUCGAACAAAAAUUCGUCACUUGUGGCGAUAAUAUCUACUCUUCAUGGCUAGAUCUGGAGGGAAAUAAUGACGAAGAUGCUGCGUAUGUUCUAAAAUUCGCCACUCUUCCGCCUGGAGCUCAUGUUUACACUGGGUGGACAUCAGCAGUGAACCAAAGUAACUUAAAUCAUAACCCAAAGCGUGAUGCUAUCGAUUCAUCUCUCGUCUGUUCUACCUCUUCCAAUGGUAAUCCGCAUCCCGGCCUCGUGUGGACUGAAUAUGAUGGAUAUUCUAUCAAACUACGCUUCCGGCACUAUACUGUUGUACCCAGAACACCUGGAACAACUAGUACUUAUUAUGGUGAGACGAUAGCUGGAGCUCCUGUCUUGAUGCUAGCCACUCAGUCGAAUCCAUUGGGCUAUGCUGCGUGUAUCGAUAAGAGCGGGAUUACAACCACAAUGCUAUCGUUCACGUACAUCGUUCAGCCAGGAGAAUCCUCACCGCAGCUAGAGAUCAUGGGUCAAGAUGCUCUAAAACUUAACGGUGCCGUAAUUCGAGAUAUCGCUGGAAAAGAUCCCGAUUUUACACUUUUCCCGGAUUCAGCGAAUCUACGAAGCUUGAGUUACAAUAGCAAAUUGGCGAUUAAUACGACACCCCCUACGGUGCUGAGUGUGACGUCCAAGAAUCCCUCGGGAGAAUACGGAGUCGGACAAAUUCUCGAAAUUCAAGUAACUUUUUCCUGUCCUGUGGUAGUGAUUAAAGGCGAUCCAGCGACUCCGCCAACUCUCUCACUACGUUCGGAUGAGCUUCAUUUACUUACGAGUUCACAAGGGAUUGCAACUUACGCUGGAGGAUCGGGUUCAAGUGUCCUUACGUUCGAGUACACGACAGGCCUGCAGGACUAUUGUGAACAACUGGACUAUAUGGAUACAGCUUCUUUAGCGCUUCACGGCAGCACGUGGGCUAUUAAGAGGAAUGCGACGCGUCCUACGACUGAUGCUGUACUCACUCUCCCACCAAUAAAGUCAGCCAACUCACUGAGUGGGAGCCGUACUAUUGUGAUUAAAUCUACGCAACCUAGCGUCGUUAAAGUGACUUCUUCGACUCCUGAUGGCACGUAUUAUCCCGGAGACAUCGUACUCGUUGAUGUUUUGUUCUCGCUACCUGUUUUUGUGUUUGGAUUCCCUGUUUUACUAUUGGAGACGGGUGGUAAUGCACCUACUCGAUCUUCUCUAAGGUCGGGUAACGGCACUGAUAAGCUCACAUUUGAAUAUGGUAUUAAGGUUGGAGACAAAAGUGCUCGAUUGGAUGUGGUAGAUGAUCGAGUUGGAGACGAUAAGGCCUAUUUCGUAAUGUCAUUAAUGCUGGAAGGGUAUGCAGAGAUCAAAAGAGCUUCAACCAAUCCGUUUACAACCGCAGUGGCAGCAUUACCUGCUCCUGGUCUCACUGGAUCAUUGUCCUUUAGCAAAAAUAUUAUUGUAGAUUCGACGCCACCUACUAUUAUUGACAUUCGCUCCCCGGUUAUUGACGGAACCUACGAUAUCGGAGAGCAGAUUGACUUUUUGCUUGUUUUUUCUCGUCAAGUGGUGGUAACGAGUAUUCCCGAGGUUAUCCUCAACGUUCCGUCUGAAUACAGCCGCACUGCCGUUUAUACUGACGGAUCCGGCACGAGUAUCCUUCGAUUUUCGUAUUUCCCGAAAGUAGGAGAUAACUCCAGAAACUUGGCAUUGGAUAUUCUAGAUGAAAAUUCACUUAUUCUCCGCCCCCUCCUUCGUGGUAAGGAAUUGUUACAGAACCCCGCUGAAAUCUUGUGUAGCUCUUCAAACCCAGUACUACGCGCUGAUAUUAAGCUGCCAAUUCCUGGAGUUGCUGUACGUUCUGAUGCCGUUCUAAGUCUUGUUGGAAAUAAUCGGAAAAUUUUUGUUAGAACGGAUGGAUUUCGAGUUAAAGCGAUCCAGGCAGACAUACCGAGUGGAAUCUAUUCCCCUGGUCAGAGAAUUGUCAUCUCAGUAGUCUUUACGGGCCCCACAGUUGUUCAAGGAAGUCCCCGCUUAAAACUGAACUCAAACACCGCAGCAUACGCGGUUUAUAUUGGUGGAACAGGGACAUCUAAGCUUCGAUUUGAGUAUAUUGUGGCGACUGGAGAUAGCUGCUCGGUGCUUGAAGCUGCGUCUCGAGGUGCAUUGGAGCUCAAUGGAGGAGUAAUUUCUGACACUGGCGGGAUCUACGUACCUCUACGUCUUGGAAUUCCUACACAACCUGGUAGUUUAUCGGACGACUACAACAUUGAAAUUACUUCAGCGCCUCCGUCAGUUCUUCAUGUGUACUGCAAGGACGGAGACGGCAGCUACGGAGUCGGGGAUACUCUACAUAUCGCGGUUGUUUUUUCACGAAAAGUUACCCUUUCGAAUCCCCCUCCGUUGCUUUUACUCCAAGUUGAUGUCGGAACUCGCGCCGCAACGUAUCUUUCAGGUGAUAAAACAGAUACCCUCGAGUUCACGCUUCAGAUUUUGAAUGGAGAUUCCACUGCUCUAUUGGAUUAUGCGAGUAAAAAUGCGCUAACGGGUACAAUCCUUGCACUAUCUACCACGCCGACAACUGCAGCGAAUUUGGAGCUUCCGGUCCCUGGAGCUGAAGGAAGUUUAGCGGAUUCUACCUCAAUUCGAGUGAUUUCAACGCCUCCAGUCAUUAUGGAUGUUCGAGCCGUAAGCCGUGAUGGAAACUACGGUCUUUAUGAUAAUCUUCGUAUCCAGAUUAGAUUCUCCUUUCCUAUAUAUGUUAGCCCUGUGGCUUCACAAACUUGUACCUUGACACUAGCAGUUGGUGACGUUGAAUUCAGAAAAGCGAUUUACGUUGGCGGAUCUACCACUACAAAAAUGGAAUUUGAGUACAUCGUUCAGAACGGGGAUCGUUCGUCUCGUCUGGACUAUAUUGGGGCAAAUAGUCUACAUUGUACAAUUCUUCAGGCCACAGCAGUACCAUCUCUUCAAGCCUCAAGAAUUUUACCACUACCUGGUGCAGAAGGGAGUCUUAGUUACAAUUCUGCACUCCAAAUCGAUGCAUUUUCGCCGCGAAUUACCUCAGUAUCGUCUGGAACGGAGAACGGAGUUUACGGCGCAGGCCAAGUGAUUGAUAUAGCGAUCACUUUUUCGGAAGCCGUACUGGUUCCAAGUGGAGCUAAACCGCGUUUACGCCUCGCAAUUGCCUCGAAUGUCCCAGUUGAUACAUUGAUUGAAAGCUCGAUAGAACCGUACGCGACGUAUAAUGGAGGCUCUGGAUCGAGUGUCUUAAAGUUUGUGUUUACUGUUCGAGUAGGGGACAUAGCGUUACCAUUGGAAUACGCAGGGAUUGACGCUCUGUCGAUGACGAUUCAUAGUGCUCAACUCACUGCAGUUGAGAAGAUAUACCGAUUCGCGUCGAUACGAUUACCUGUACCUGGAGCUACAGGAAGUCUCAGUAAUAAUCGCGAUAUUCACAUUGAUACAUUGGAGACACCACGGGUGAUUGGUGUGGGGAGUUUAACGGCCAAUGGAAUAUAUACAGCAGGGGAUACGCUAACGAUUUCAGUGACGUUCUCAACACCGGUGACUGUAACUGGUUCACCGCCUACUUUGCUGUUAAAUACCGGGAAUCCAGAUACACAAGAUUCAGCCAAGAAAGCGGUGUACGUAGCUGGAUCGGGUACUUCAGUGUUACUGUUUGAGUACAAGGUUCAAAUUGGAGACAGCGUUGACCGAUUAGAGUAUAAGCCUUGUUCUUUAUCUGAACGAAAUGCCUUUAUUCAGCGCAAAUGGGAUAAGUUGGUGCGUUGCUCUAGUACAGCGAACGCACUACAGCUUGGAGGGAUUGGUAGCAGUAUCAAACGUUCGUCAACUGUCCCAGUUACGGACGCUGUCUUGGAUUUGCCUGAGGUUAACGACUGGGCAGAGCUACGUGUUGCUACGACUGGUGAUAAUUUCGUUUAUGUUACGCAAGUAGAGCCAACUACUGGUGCCGAGAAGAGCACUUUGAAAUUAUUAGAGAAUGAAUUCAGUAUUUCGCAUCAAAAAGCUGCUAUUAACAUCUACAGUAACGGGAUCCCAAGCCACGACACAAUUCUGCACGAGAAAAUUAAAGAACAAAAAUAUUUUAUCGAGUUGCAGCGAUUCCCGACACUACAGAGUCAAAUUCUCAAUCUCUCUCGAAUACCUGAUGCGUUCAGUGGUAUAUUUCUCAACGGAAUUUUAUUCAAAAACAGCAACAAACGUGCCAAAAGUACAGACGACUGUGGUGGAGCUAUCAACGCAGACGGUCAUUACUUCUACGUAGACCUUCCGAAAUGCUACCUUGCUGCAAUUCACGAGCCCCGCGAACCUAAAGUGAGCUUAACAGGUCAGAUAAAGAGACCAAUGUCUGUAGUUGUUGCGUACGCGCUGGAUGGGUUCCCGAUCUACGGCUAUUACGACGAAGACGGAGAGCUACCCAGUGAUCUGGACGAAUGUCACGGCCACAUUCGACGCGAUGGACAGUACGCUUACCACUUGAUACCACCUGAAACAUCGGCUUCUCCGUUUAUGCCUUGUCUUAGAGGACUCGCGUCUACGUCUCAACUCUCUGUCUUUCGCUAUCCAGCCGAUAUAUCAGCAGUGGAAGGCUUACCGUUGUCCGAAUUAGCCAAGUUCAACAGUUUUGUGAUCGACGAGAACCCCGCAACCUACAACGCCGAUACGUGGCUCAACCCAGAAAGCGUGUCGGUGGUGUACACUUCUACCACCGUAAUUGUACGCAGUAAUGGUAUGCCUGCUGGAACCUAUGGCCCCUUCCCGAAUGCAUACAACCGAUUCAGUGUAUACGAACAAGACUAUGUUUUCCAGUUCCCACGGAAUCCUGUAAUAGCUGCAACUACCACGUCGUUACCGAGGGAUACUCCGAUCGGUGUUAUGGUAAAUGGAGUACCCUUUUUCGCUGCCAAGUCUGAUGUUUACGGCGGUAUUGUGGUUGAUAUCACGAACUCGGCGUAUAUUUUGUUAGAUAAAUGCAACGGACUUGUUGAUGCUGGCGGCGACUACAGAUACUACGCGAGUCCGGAUUGUUUACUACACGAACUCGGAGAUAAAGUUGGACAGCCUUCACCUUUGAUAGGCUUCGCGUUCGACGGAUUCCCAUUGUACGGACCUUACGGCGAGAAUGGCCAGAUGCCUAAUGCCUUAGAUGCUUGUAAUGGACGAGUAGGCGACGACGGAACGUACCGUUACCAUGUGACACUGACAGCACCGUAUUUGUUAGGGUGUUUUCGUGGUACCCCUGCAAUAGAUCAGAAGAAUUUGUACGCUGCGAAUGAUCUGUACCGAAGUCUCAGCUACGCUCAUGCGUUGAGGAUCAACACAGAUCGACCUCAAGUAACUCACGUGUUCACUAACAAACGACCAGGUGUGUACGUCACGGGUGAGAGUAUCGACGUUGUUGUAGAAUGGUCCACUCCGGUCCAAGUCAUUGGGACCCCGACAAUUUCGAUCCUGAAUUCAUCACGUGUUGCAACAUACGACGCGACACGAAGCUCCGCACAACAGACGGUUUUUCUCUAUGUAGUAAACAGAAAUGAUGUAAAUAUCGAGGAUUUCUCGUACGAUGCUCAUGUAGCGAUUCAGCUGAAUGGAGGGCGCGUCGCUCGGUUUGCAACAAUUCCAAUCCUGGAUGCUGAUCUCGAUCUGAUUCCGAGCGACCUGGACAAUAUCGACCUCAUUCGCAGUAGAACUCCUGGUCUUUCAUCGAAAUUUCAACUGGUACGCGACUUACGAGUGGUGCUUCGUGGGUUGUAUCAUCCUAGAGCGCACGACCUUCGUGCACGGGUAUUCCAUGGUAACCGUGAAAGUAUCAUCUUUGACGGUUGCUGCACUGCACGCGAUGCCUUUGGUAUACCGGAUGUACCCGAUGUACUGACCAACCGAGCCCAACUUGCGUCAGAGGCACGUAAUCCAACUAGUGGCAUUGGGUGGGACUACAGCUUUAGUGAUUUUAAUGGAGACAAGAACUUGGCACUUGAUGGAGGUGCCACUGCGCUGCAGAGCUCUACAAGCGAUACUUGUGGACCGAUGAAUGCCAUCGAUGGGAGAAUCCGAGGCGUGGAUGUAUCAACGCAAACAGUGGUGCGAACGUUACCGGCAAAAGGAGUGAAUGAGUCUGCGUGGUGGGAAUUGCGCUUAGUAGACGUUGCCACCGUCGGUACUAUUCGUAUCUGGAUAGCGGAUAGCGAUCCGACUGUUGCAGCCGAUGUGUUUAUGUUGAGAGUCGACUCAAGCGAUGGGGUUUCUACUGUGGCAGGAGACUUCACGCUAAUUUUUACUACACAAGAUAACAAACAGCUCGAAACGGAGUCUAUAAGCUACAAUGCAGUGGCGAUGAUAGCAGACGAGAAAGCGCGUAUCAUUUCGUCAGGUAUCGGGCGUGGAGAGUCCAUUCAAGCUAAACUUCUGGCUUUAGGAGACAUCGUCCCUCGGUUGGUGAUAAAACGAGAUCCUCGAGAUGCCUCGUUGUCACGCAAUGGAGCGUUCACGUGGCAUAUCACGUUCCUAGAUAACUCGCGAGCGGCGUUAUCAGUCGGUGUUAAUAACGUCUCUAGUGGCACUGGAAUCGUUAAUGUCGGUCCUCCGCUUUCCAUUGACGAUGAUAGCGACCCUAUCGUAUAUCGCAAGGGAGAAGCAGCCAAACCUAGCGCCAGCACAUCGGUGAGAGCCACAGAACAGUCCAUGUUCCCGUUCUGGGUCUUGCUGUUCGACAGUUCUGCUGUAAUGGACGUCGAGAGCUUCGCAGAUGCCUACGCUCGAGCCAUUUUUUCUUAUCGCGUCGACGAGAGACAUGCUAACCGUAGUGUUAUUUCAGUUGUACCUCCACUCGGUACCAAAGCACAAUACGUGCGUGUCGUUGCAGAACUACCACGAGGUGUUAUAUCGAUAGCAGAAGUGGAAGUAUUCACGGAACAAAGCCACGUUUUAUCGCAAUACGCCGGUGGAACUCCCGUUCGAACAGCGUAUCAUCCAGGAAGUAAAACAUGGUCACCAGAAGAACCUUUCCGCUAUACAUUUAGCGGUAUGCCAAGUGAAGGUUCGUGGACUUUGGCGAUUGAGGAUAUGGCAGUAAACGGGAGUAAUUUAUCUUCACCAAAGCUGAAUUCCACUGCAGGUGGUAUGUCCGACUGGGUGUUAUAUAUCACGAACCAAGCAGGAGAAACAGUGUCGUAUUAUAUGGAUUUCCAGGCUCAAUUACAUGCUCUACCGCGACAUGGGACGCUUUAUGUCGGAUUGGACGAGACCGAACGUGACCACCUUGACAUCGACCGCAACGGGUUGCUGGAUUCCAUUGAAGCAGACACGUAUCUCCGUAGAUAUUCACCGAACAGCUACUCUGAUUUAUCCGCGAAUAUUCGGGAUCGAGAACUCAAAGAAUUCAUGCUAAGCUACGAGGAAUAUGGAGCUGUGCAAGUUCUACGUGACUCCAGCGAGCGCCAGUUGCGGCUUCCGUCUAGAGUGUGCAACGCCGAGUGUUUGGCCGCUAUAAAGCUGGAUCCGUACUUCUACGUGGGUCUUGAAGGUGAUAAAGCGUUGAAAUUGUUAAGAGUAGUUGGCGAUCGGGUUGUAAAGUACGUUCCGGACGCUGGUUUCCGUGGAUUGGACGCCUUCACGUUCUCCGUCGCUGUUACUGGACAUGAGUCGCGUGUACUCGGGACGAUCCAAUUGACUGUAAAGGAAUGCGAGGAUGCAGAGUGCCGCAUGUCCAGCUUCUUGUUGCAUCGCAGCACGCGGUAAUGACGAAGGCGUCCGUUAUAGAUUGAGGCCGUAAACUUUAGAU